GCCACUGGCAUCGUUAUCUUUCCAACACCUCGAUGGUGAAGUAUAUUACAGGCGAAGACCUUGCGAAGAUCGUCAAAAGCGACCAGGUGCCGCACAAAGACUAUCUCAUCGUUGAUGUGCGCGACGACGACUACGUGGGCGGAAAUAUCAAGGGUAGUCACAACUUGCCCUCGGCUGAUUUUCUGAGAAGUGUGGAUGAGCUCGUUAGGAAGACCAAUGAUGUGCCCAAGGUGAUCUUCCAUUGUGCUCUGUCUCAAGCUAGAGGACCCAAGGCUGCACGAAUUUAUGAAGAAACACGGAACAUGUUACAAGAUCAAGGAAAGGAUAUCCCACAUGAGGUACUCAUUCUUCGAGGCGGGUUCACGGAAUUUCAAGCGCAAUUUAGGGACGACCCAAAGCUUGUGGAGAAUUGGAAUGCGGAAGUCUGGACAUCAGAAUGGAGCUAGAUUAGCUGCACGUAUGAAAGGAUAAGAAGUGUAUCAUUAGCUGAUAUGGUAAUAGAAACGUCGUGGUCUCGUUGUAUCUAGAUCGAAAUACUACCCUCGUCCUACUUUUAUGACUCUGGAGCGUUUUCUUUCUCAUUUCCUUGGUUCUGCUUGACGAACCGCUUGGGCAUGUCCUCGACAACACGCUGUAUUUUUCUGCGCUCAGUCUCUAUAUUGGUCCUGCAGAUAGUCCAUGUGCCCAGCGAUAUCAGCAUAAAUGUUCCAACAGCCCAAUUCGAUGCAACGAAUGGAUUGGCACUGAUAGCCCUGAUAACACCCACACCCACACCACUUGCUAUUCCAUUCAAGAGGCUGUUACGCGCACAUGGUACUUCCCCGAGAUGCUGCAAGUCAUCUGUGACAGAUAUUCUCUUUGUGGCUAACCAGACAUCCUGCCAGUAAUUACCAGUGGUUUCUGUUUGAUAGAUAGGCCUUUUGGGAGAGCCAGAAGGUGGGCUCGAGGGUGACGACUGGGAUGUUGACUCGGAAGACAUGAAAGCAGAGGUUCUCACGCUGUUCUG